UCCAAUCGCUUUAAAAACUUCUCCACCUAAAGCCCACAUCAAAAAAGUUAGCAAAGAGUCAAAGAAUAAAAAUCAUUAAAAAAAAAAACUAAAAACAAAAAUCCAAAUCGCAUGGGCAUGAUGGAAGGCUCUCCGACAACCAUAGCUCCCCUGCUCCUCCGAAACCUAUUAACCUCUAUGUUCAUCUACGCCGACAAAUCCCUAGUAAACUUGGCCGAAAAAUACAAACUUCUUGAAGUAAUUCGGUAUACCCUAAUCGCUUCCUUCCUUUUCCUUCUACGUGUGCUUCCUUCUUUCUUUCCUUCCCUCAAUCCUAAUCUCGAAAACCAUUUUAAACCCACCAAGAAAGCCGAUAAUUACGUCCCUGCAUGCGGUGGCGGUGAUUCCGGUAUCGGUCGAGCGCUUUCGCAGCUUUUGGCUAUAGUUAAUGACAUCCCGGUUAGCUCUAGGAAGUAUGAAGUUGUUCGAUCUUUGGCGGAGAGGCUCAUUGACGAGAACAACAGGGAGGGUGUAGAGGCCUUGCGUGAGGUCAACCGUACGGCUCUUUCGUCGGCUUUUGCAACAACUCUUAGCCAGCUUGAAGCCGCUGCGGUGGACCGAGGCCAGGACGGAGGUGGGGAAGCCGGGUCGGGGUCCGGAACGGUGGAGUUUCGGUUGAGCCGGGUUGUAAGGGCGGUUCGGUCACUUGGGAAUGCGAGGAGGAGUCGGGUUGGGAGCGGAGGGGGCGAGAUGAGCCGGUCGGAGAGUUCGGCUGAGAAGCUGGCGGCUGAGCUUCUGUGGCUGGCUCAGAAGUUGGCUGCUUGUGGGGGCGCCGAAGAAGCUCUUAAAAGGUGGGCAGCUUCGGCUAAUUUGGCUAGGCUGUCUCUGUGGGCUGAGCCGCGGUUGCAAGGUUUCCUCGUCAAGAUCUCAGCAUUCUUCUUCAAGCAAGCCAAAGAUAUAGUUCUGGACGAAACUGAAGAAAGCAAGGAGCAACAAAGGCACACAAAGGUGAAGAUGCUGAUUUCAUGGCUGCCAUUGCUUUGUAGAGCAAGCAAUGGCACAGAUGUACCAGUCCUGAGCAUCAGCGAACGAGCUGAGCUGGAGAGUGUAUUGGAGGAGACCAUAGAGUUGCUGGAACAGGAAGAGCAGGAACAGGUCUUGUCUCUCUGGCUCCACCACUUCACACAUUGCCCAUCCUCCGACUGGCCCAACCUCCACGCCUCCUAUGCUCGCUGGUGCAAUGCUUCUCGCAGGCUCUUGAUCCUCCAAUGAGUCAACGACAAACAAUUGCUUACGAAUUGGGUUGGGGAAAUUUUCUUUCAAUAUAUGAUCAGAAAUUUGCUUAUCGUAUAUUUAAAGUGCACAUGUUACUUUUAGAAUUCCUCCAAUCCAAUCUGUAAGAAAUUUUUGUCUGGUUUGUCUUCUUUUAGUUAGUAAAAAUUGAAUUCAGCUAGCUGCACUUAAGACUAGGUCCAGGAUUAUGUGUUUAGAAGGGUGUAUGUAUAUCUACCUACAAACAAAUGUGCAUAUAUAUUGUUUUACAAGUAAUUUUAUUCCAGAGUAAUAAAAUUUAAAACAAAGGUCAAA